CGCUAUUAAUUUGUGUUAUCCAAGAUGGAGGUUUUGUGAUGUUCCCUAGCCCUCAGAAGUAAUCCUUUUCCCGUCCGUGUCAGAUCCUUCUUCAGACACAGGGCGGACAUAUUUUAUCCUUCUGCCUGUGGGGAAAUACCUAAAACUUAAGAUUUGGAUAUUAGUUUUUUGUGUUUUUCACCACAGCCAUGAGCUCCGGGGAAGGGGCCGAGGAGGCGGCUAAAGACUCGGCCGACAUAGCGACGUUCUUCAAGCCCGAUUGUGCAAUUUCAAAAGGUGAGCCCAAAGGAGUCUCCAAUCAAAUAACAGGAUUUCGCAGAAAUGAAGAGAUGAAGGCGAUGGAAGUUUUGCCCAUUCUAAAGGAAAAAGUGGCCUUCUUAUCAGGGGGCAGGGACAAGCGCGGUGGUCCGGUUUUAACAUUCCCGUCACGAACCAACCAUGACCGAAUACGGCACGAGGAUCUGCGCAGACUCAUCGCCUACCUCGCUGGCAUCCCUAGCGAGGACGUGUGCAAACAUGGCUUCACGGUCAUCGUGGACAUGCGUGGCUCCAAGUGGGAUUCCAUCAAACCUCUGCUGAAGAUCCUACAGGAAUCGUUCCCGUGCUGCAUCCACGUCGCUCUCAUCAUCAAACCAGACAACUUCUGGCAGAAACAGAGGACCAACUUUGGCAGCUCCAAGUUUGAGUUUGAGACCACCAUGGUGUCCCUGGAGGGCUUAUCUAAGCUGGUGGACCCAUCCCAGCUGACGUCCGACUUCGAGGGCAGCCUGGAAUAUAACCACGAAGAGUGGAUCGAGAUCCGCGUGGCCUUCGAGGACUUCGCGGGCAACGCCCGGCACCUGCUCGCCCGUCUGGAGGAAAUGCAAGAAACGGUCACGCGCAAAGACUUCCCGCAGGAUUUGGAGGGAGCCCGGCGCAUGAUAGAGGAGCACGCAGCCUUAAAGAAGAAGGUGAUAAAGGCCCCCGUGGAAGAGGUGGACAGCGAGGGCCAGAGAUUGCUGCAGAGGAUCCAGAGCAGCGAGAGCUACGCUAACCGAACUGUGCCUGUACCGCCGGGUCAGAGAGAUGGGCAGGGACAGCCCAAUGCUGACACCCAGGGACUGGUGCCCCGUAUUUCAGGCCUCUUGGAAAAGCUGCACAGCACCAGGCAGAACUUGAACCAGGCUUGGCACGUCCGGAAGCUACAGUUGGAUCAGUGCUUUCAACUCAGACUGUUUGAGCAGGAUGCUGAAAAGAUGUUUGACUGGAUCAUGCACAACAAAGGGCUGUUCCUGGCAGGCUACACCGAGAUUGGCAACAACCACCCCCACGCCAUGGAGCUGCAGACCCAGCACAACCACUUUGCCAUGAACUGCAUGAAUGUUUACGUAAACAUAAAUCGCAUUAUGUCGGUUGGGAACCGGCUGCUGGAGGCGGGCCACUACGCGUCGCAGCAGAUCAAACAGAUCUCAGGUCAGCUGGAGCAGGAGUGGAAGGCCUUCGCUGCCGCCCUAGACGAGAGAAGUGCCCUGCUGGAGAUGUCCGCUGCUUUCCACCAGAAAUGCGACCAGUACAUGAGCAAUGUAGACUCGUGGUGUAAAGCCUGUGGGGAAGGAGAUCUGCCAUCUGAGCUACAGGACCUGGAGGAUGCCAUCCACCAUCACCAGGGCCUGUAUGAACACAUCACAGCUGCCUAUUCUGAGGUCAGCCAAGAUGGGAAAGCCUUAUUGGACAAGCUUCAGCGGCCCCUGACCCCCGGCAGUGCUGAUUCACUAACGGCAUCUGCCAAUUACUCCAAAGCUGUGCAUCAUGUCCUGGACCUCAUUCAUGAGGUUCUGCACCACCAGAGACAGCUGGAGAAUAUCUGGCAACAUCGUAAGGUCCGGUUGCACCAGCGUCUACAGCUGUGUGUUUUUCAACAGGAUGUUCAGCAGGUUCUCGACUGGAUUGAGAACCACGGUGAGGCAUUCCUCAGUAAGCAUACAGGGGUAGGGAAGUCUCUGCAUCGUGCCAGAGCCCUACAGAAACGCCACGAAGACUUUGAAGAAGUUGCUCAGAACACAUACACCAAUGCUGAUAAGUUGCUUGAGGCAGCUGAGCAGUUGGCCCAGACGGGCGAGUGUGACCCGGAAGAGAUCUAUCAGGCCGCCCAUCAGUUGGAAGAUCGGAUCCAGGACUUUGUUAGGCGUGUGGAGCAGCGGAAGGUCUUGUUGGAUAUGUCCGUGGCUUUCCACACUCAUGUCAAAGAGCUAUGGACGUGGUUGGAAGAGUUGCAGAAGGAGCUGUUGGACGACGUCUACGCCGAGUCUGUGGAGGCUGUUCAGGAUCUAAUCAAGCGUUUCGGGCAGCAGCAACAGACCACGCUACAGUUCACUGUCAAUGUUAUCAAAGAAGGAGAAGAUCUUAUUCAACAACUCAGAGACUCUGCAAUCUCCAGCAAUAAGACUCCUCACAACAGCUCCAUCAACCACAUCGAGACUGUCCUACAGCAGCUGGAUGAGGCUCAGGCUCAGAUGGAGGAACUCUUUCAGGAACGGAAGAUCAAACUGGAGCUCUUCCUGCAGCUUAGGAUUUUUGAAAGAGAUGCUAUUGACAUCAUCUCAGAUCUGGACUCGUGGAAUGAGGAGUUAUCGCAGCAGAUGAAUGACUUUGACACUGAAGAUUUGACGCUGGCUGAACAGAGACUGCAGCACCACGCUGACAAAGCCCUUACAAUGAACAACCUCGCUUUCCACGUCAUCCACCAGGGUCAGGAGCUUCUGCAGUAUGUCAAUGAGGUGCAGGCAUCAGGUGUUGAGCUGCUGUGUGACAGAGAUGUGGACAUGGCCACGCGGGUUCAGGAUCUGCUGGAGUUCCUGCAUGAGAAACAACAGGAACUGGAUGUGGCUGCAGAGCAGCACCGCAGACACCUGGAGCAAUGUGUGCAGCUGCGCCACCUGCAGGCUGAAGUCAAACAGGUUUUGGGUUGGAUCCGUAAUGGUGAGUCAAUGCUGAACGCAGGACUGAUCACGGCCAGCUCGCUUCAAGAAGCCGAGCAGCUGCAGAGAGAGCACGAGCAGUUCCAGCAUGCUAUUGAGAAGACCCAUCAGAGCGCCCUGCAGGUCCAGCAAAAAGCUGAGGCGAUGCUGCAAGCCAAUCAUUACGACAUGGACAUGAUUCGAGACUGCGCUGAAAACGUGGCCUCACACUGGCAGCAGCUCAUGCUGAAGAUGGAAGACCGGCUCAAAUUGGUCAAUGCGUCCGUUGCUUUCUACAAGACCUCUGAGCAGGUGUGUAGUGUGCUGGAGAGUCUGGAGCAGGAAUACAAGCGUGAGGAGGACUGGUGUGGAGGCGCAGACAAACUUGGACCCAACUGCGAAACCGACCAUGUCAGCCCCAUGAUCAGCAAACACCUAGAGCAGAAAGAGGCCUUCCUUAAGGCAUGCACCUUAGCCAGACGAAACGCUGAUGUUUUCCUGAAGUACAUGCACAGGAACAGUGUCAGCAUGCCGGGAAUGUUGAGUCACGUAAAAGCACCUGAGCAGCAGGUCAAAAAUAUCCUGAAUGAGUUGCUACAAAGGGAAAAUCGUGUCUUGCACUUCUGGACCAUGAGGAAGAGGAGGCUGGACCAGUGUCAGCAGUAUGUGGUGUUUGAACGCAGUGCCAAACAGGCCUUGGAGUGGAUUCACGACACCGGUGAGUUUUAUUUGUCCACCCACACCUCCACCGGCUCCAGCAUCCACCAUACACAGGAGCUUCUGAAGGAACACGAGGACUUCCACAUCACAGCCAAGCAAACCAAAGAGCGAGUGAAACUAUUAAUACAGUUGGCGGAUGGCUUCUGCGAUAAAGGCCACGCCCAUGCAGCUGAGAUCAAGAAAUGGGUGACUGCCGUGGACAAACGCUAUCGUGACUUCUCCCUUCGCAUGGACAAGUACCGCACCUCUCUGGAGAAAGCCCUCGGCAUCUCUUCCGACUCUAACAAAGCUAGUAAAGAUCUGCAGUUGGACAUCAUCCCAGCCAGUGCACCAGGUUCAGAGGUCAAACUGAGAGAUGCUGCCCAUGAGCUUAAUGAAGAGAAGCGCAAGUCUGCUCGCAGGAAGGACUUUAUCAUGGCUGAGCUGAUUCAGACAGAAAAGGCUUAUGUGCGAGACCUGAGGGAGUGCAUGGACACGUAUCUGUGGGAGAUGACCAGUGGUGUGGAGGAGAUCCCACCAGGGAUCGUCAACAAAGAGCAUAUCAUUUUUGGUAACAUGCAAGACCUCUUUGAGUUCCACCACAAUAUAUUCCUCAAAGAACUGGAAAAGUACGAGCAGCUUCCAGAAGAUGUGGGUCACUGUUUUGUGACUUGGGCUGAUAAGUUUCAGAUGUAUGUAAACUACUGCAAGAACAAACCAGACUCCACUCAGCUUAUACUUGAGCACGCUGGCGGCUACUUUGAUGAGAUCCAGCAAAGGCAUCGCCUGGCCAACUCCAUCUCCUCAUACCUCAUCAAACCUGUGCAGAGAAUAACCAAGUACCAGCUACUCCUCAAAGAGCUCCUUACAUGUUGUGAGGAAGGCAAAGGUGAAAUCAAAGACGGACUUGAGGUCAUGCUCAGCGUUCCCAAAAGAGCCAAUGACGCAAUGCACUUAAGCAUGCUGGAAGGGUUUGAUGAGAACAUCGAGUCCCAGGGAGAACUGAUCCUGCAGGAGGCCUUCCAAGUGUGGGAUCCCAAGACCCUGAUUCGUAAGGGACGAGAACGUCAUCUCUUCCUCUUCGAGAUGUCACUCAUCUUCAGCAAAGAGGUUAAAGACUCAAAUGGCAGAAGCAAGUACAUCUACAAGAGCAAACUGUUUACCUCGGAGUUGGGUGUUACUGAGCAUGUGGAAGGAGAUCCAUGCAAAUUUGCCCUCUGGGUAGGUCGGACCCCGACCUCAGACAACAAGAUUGUCCUCAAGCUAAGUCAGGGAUGCAAAUAUGGAUCUGUGGCCUCUAGUCUUGAAAACAAACAGGACUGGAUAAAACACAUUCGUGAGGUGAUUCAGGAACGCACUGUGCACCUGAAGGGGGCACUAAAGGAGCCGAUCCACAUUCCCAAACCAUCCACAGCCAAACAUAAGGGUCGCAGGUACACCCCAAGAGAUGGAGAGGAUUUGGAUAGUCAGGGUGAUGGCAGCAGUCAGCCAGACACCAUUUCACUGGCCUCACGGACCUCUCAGAACACACUGGACAGUGACAAGUUGUCUGGUGGCUGUGAGCUGACAGUCGUGAUCCACGACUUCAUGGCCGGCAACAGCAAUGAGCUGACGGUGCGUCGGGGUCAGACAGUCGAGGUUCUGGAGAGGCUGCAUGAUAAACCAGACUGGUGCCUGGUGCGAACCACGGACCGCUCACCUGCCCUGGAGGGCCUUGUACCUUGUGCCACGCUGUGCAUCGCUCACUCCCGCAGCAGCAUGGAGAUGGAGGGCAUCUUCAACCACAAGGACGCACUCUCGGUGUGCAGUAAUGAUGCCAUUUUGCCAGGCUCUUCUGCCACCCUUCAGCCAGGUCUUGUCAUGGGCUCCCACAGUUCCCCCGGACCAAAGCGUCCAGGAAACACAUUAAGAAAAUGGCUGACCAGCCCUGUGAGGAGACUCAGCAGUGGUAAAGCAGACGGCCAUGUGAAGAAGCUGGCUCACAAACACAAGAAGAGCCGUGAUGUCAGAAAGAGUGCAGAAAUUGGAUCGCAGAAAGACUCUGACGACAGUGCUGCCACACCCCAAGAUGAGACUUUGGAGGAGAGAGUGCGUAAUGAAGGUUUGAGCAGUGGCACCCUCUCAAAGUCAUCAUCAUCAGGCAUGCAGAGCUGUGGAGAGGAAGAGGGGGAGGAAGGUGCUGACGCUGUGCCUCUUCCUCCACCUAUGGCGAUCCAGCAGCACAGCCUCCUCCAACCGGACGCGCAGGACGACAAGACCUCCUCUCGUCUCUCCGUUCGCCCCUCCAGCUCUGAGACCCCGAGCGCUGCGGAGUUAGUCAGUGCUAUUGAAGAGCUGGUCAAAAGCAAGAUGGCUCUGGAGGACAGACCCAGCUCUCUAUCGGUGGAGCAGGCCGACAGCAGCAGCCCGUCCUUCAACCCUUCUGAUAACUCCCUAAUCUCCUCAUCCUCCCCGAUUGAUGAAAUAGAAGAGCGCAAGACCGGCUUUCUCAAGAGACGCCACUAUGUCCUCCUGGAGCUGGCAGAGACUGAGAGGGACUAUGUGAGGGAUCUCAGUCUGGUUGUUGAGGGUUACAUGACCAGGAUGAGAGAAGACGGAGUACCAGAUGACAUGAAAGGGAAGGACAAGAUUGUGUUUGGCAACAUUCAGCAGAUAUAUGACUGGCACAGAGAUUUUUUUCAGGGAGAGCUUGAGAAGUGCCUUGAGGAACCGGAGCGUCUGAGCUGUCUUUUUCUCAAAAAUGAACGGAGGCUGCACAUGUAUGUUGUUUACUGCCAGAACAAACCCAAAUCUGAACACAUUGUCUCGGAGUACAUCGACACCUAUUUUGAGGAUCUUAAGCAGCGUCUGGGUCACAGGCUUCAGAUCACAGAUCUGCUCAUUAAACCUGUGCAGAGGAUCAUGAAGUACCAGCUGCUGUUAAAGGAUUUUCUAAAAUUUUCCAAAAAAGCUGGAAUAGAUUCGGUGGAAUUAGAGAAAGCACUUGAGAUCAUGUGCAUUGUACCAAAAAGAUGCAACGACAUGAUGAAUGUUGGUCGACUCCAGGGAUUUGAUGGUAAGAUCAUUGCUCAGGGGCGUCUUCUACUGCAGGACACAUUCAUGGUGGUCGAACCGGAAGGAAGCCUCCUGAACAGGAUGAAGGAGAGAAGAGUCUUUCUCUUUGAGCAAAUUGUCAUCUUCAGUGAACCUCUUGAUAAAAAGAGAGGCUUCUCCAUGCCUGGAUACCUUUAUAAAUACAGCAUUAAGGUUAGCUGUCUUGGCCUGGAGGACAGUGUGGACGGAGACCCCUGUAAAUUCGCUCUGACCUCCAGAACGUCCAAUGGCAGCACAGAGGCUUUUAUUCUGCACUCGAGCCACCCUGGAGUACGGAAGGUCUGGACACUUCACAUCAGCCAGAUGCUGGAGAGCCAGCGCAACUUCCUCAAUGCGCUUACAUCUCCUGUAGAGUACCAGAGGAACCAUCUUGAUGGACCUGGUGUCUCAGGCAGCAAUAUUCAAGCUGGGUGUGUCGGGAAUCAGAUCAUAGCCCCGGCGGGAGGCGGAGGGGGCCCGGCUGGGUCGGGUUCCCGCUCCCGCCCCUCCCGUAUCCCCCAGCCCUCACGCCUGCCUCAGCCACUCCGUCAUCACUCUCCCGCUCUGGGGCACGGAGCCCACGAGCCUGACGGACCCGACAAAAUAUCAGGUAUGUCCCCAAGACCUCUCUCCAGGGGUCCCUCCCCCUGUAGCACCACAGAACCCGAUCCAGCCCGAGACCCCUCUAAAUCGAAGGUUCCUGGCAGCCCCCACCCUAAACAAACAGACUCUGCUGAAAGUUCUUCCAAAGACAGCAGAACAGACGGAGUCCCGAGAGCCACCGUGGCCCCGCUAGCUCUGGUCAAACCCAGACCUAGCACCAUCUCACCCAUGGCUUCUCCGCUAGCUACACCAGCUUUCAAAGACCCCAUCCCACCCUGCAGUCCUGGGCCAAAGACGGGGGGCGCUUCCACACCAUCGUCCACCAAUUCGUUUUGGAGCUCAGUUCCCGCCUCACCCGCCAGUAGACCCGGUUCCUUCACGUUCCCCGGGGAAGGGUGCGACACCCCGGUGCGACAGAAUCAGAACCAAAGCCACCGGCACUCCACCCACAGUAAAGAUGCAGAUCGCAUGAGUACCUGCUCUUCUGCCAGUGAGCAAUCUAUCCAAUCCACUCAAAGCAAUGGGAGUGAAAGCAGCAGCAGCAGUAACAUCUCCACCAUGUUGGUGACUCAGGACUAUGUGGCUCUUAAAGAGGAUGAGAUCAAUGUACGUCAGGGGGAGGUUGUGCAGAUCCUGGCCUCCAAUCAGCAAAACAUGUUUCUGGUGUUUCGCGCCGCCACCGACCAAUGCCCAGCUGCCGAGGGCUGGAUCCCCGGAUACGUGCUGGGUCACACCUCUGCCAUUAUCCCUGACAUAUCAGAGGCAACCAUUAACAGGAAAUCAUCAUCAUGGCAUACAUCCCUUCGCAUCCGAAAGAAGUCUGAGAAAAGAGAGAAGGACGGUAAAAAGGAGACCAAGCUAGAGAACGGAUACCGGAAAUCCAGAGAGGGACUAACCAAUAAGGUCUCUGUAAAGCUUCUAAAUCCAAAUUAUAUCUAUGAUGUUCCACCGGAGAUUCUCAUUCCACUGGGUGACGUGAGCUGUGAUAAAGGGGAGUGUGUCACUCUCAGGUGUAAGGUGUGUGGCCGCCCCAAAGCCACAGUCACCUGGAAGGGACCCGAUCAGAAAACAAUCAGCAACAACGGCCACUUCAGUAUAGCCUACAGUGAGACUGGCGAGGCCACACUGCGUAUUGUGGGCGUGACCUCAGAUGAUGAUGGCACGUACACGUGCAUUGCUACUAAUGACAUAGGCAGCGUGACAUCAUCAGCCAGCCUCAGAGUGUUGGGCACUACAAGUGAUGGAGUUCGUGUCAUAUGGAAGGACAACUUUGAGUCUUUCUAUACUGAAGUAGCAGAGCUGGGCAGGGGAAGGUUCUCUGUGGUGAAACACUGUGACCAGAGAGGAUCGAAACGCACCGUCGCCGUCAAGUUCGUGAAUAAGAAGCUGACGAAGCGAGACCAGGUCACGCAUGAACUCACCGUUCUGCAGAGACUCCAGCACCCACGCCUAGUCAGACUACUGGACACGUUUGAGACCUCCAGCAGCUAUGCACUGGUCCUGGAGAUGGCUGAUCAGGGCCGUCUGCUGGACUAUAUUGUAAGCUGGGGGAACCUCACAGAAGAGAAGGUGGCCUUUUAUCUUCGGGACAUUUUAGAAGCUUUGCAGUACCUGCAUAACUGUAGAGUAGUUCAUCUGGAUUUAAAGCCCGAAAAUCUCUUGGUGGACCAGAGCUCCUCGCAGCCGACGGUGAAGCUCACAGAUUUCGGUGAUGCCGUCCAGCUGAACUCUACGCCCUAUGUUCACCCUCUGCUGGGUAGCCCAGAGUUUGCAGCGCCCGAGCUGGUUCUCGGGGACGCUGUCUCUCCCUCCUGUGACUUGUGGAGUUUGGGGGUGGUGACGUAUGUGAUGCUAAGUGGAGCGUCUCCGUUCUUGGAUGAAAGCGUGGAGGAAACCUGCCUCAACAUCUGUCGGCUAGACUUUAGCUUCCCCGACGACUACUUCCAGGGCGUUAGCCAGGCAGCACGGGAUUUCAUGUGUCUGCUUCUCAGGACCGAACCUUCUAAGCGGCCCUCGGCUGCCACCUGCCUGCAGGAGCCCUGGCUGAGGCCGGGAGGUGGCCGUCGCUCGGCCGAAUGCAUCGAUACCUCUAGACUCAUCUCUUUCAUCGACCGCCGCAAACACCAGAACGACCUGCGGCCUCUCGGGGGGAUAAAGACCUUCCUGCAAAGCAGGUUACCGCCUCGGAUCUGACCAUUGAAAUGAAAGCAUUAAUCUCAUCCUGUUUCUACUGCCAAUUAUAAGAAGUCCUGAGCCUAUCAAAAUGUGUGUUUGCAAACUUGUCUGCCAAUCAGACACUAUAUAUAAGAUUGAUAAUCCUCACCCGGUUGAUUGCUGCUGCCUCAUUCUGAACUACAUAAAGACUUUGACCCAGAGAUUAAACAAUGGAAUAUAUAUAUAUAUAUAUAAAUAAAUAAAUAUAUAUAUAUACAUUUUCUCCGAUUUGCUGAAUGACCAACAAAUCAAGAUAAAUAAACUCAUAUUUUGUGUGGAACAAAGUGAUCUGCACAGCAGUGGUGUCUUGAAGAAAGCGAUGCAAUGCAGUUUAGCACGAGCAACCUUUUAUUUUCCGUUUUGCCUGAGCCAGACAGAGCAAGCCGCUCGGUUUUUGCGCUUUUACAGUGUUCGAAACAUUUAAGGUCAAAUCCUUUCGUAAUGAAACUUUGCAUUGGAAUACAUGAUGACACGUGCUGCGUAUUUGAAUGGGAAUCGAAUCCGUUACAUCAAACGAGUUUGAAUGAAUGCAUUAUGAAUUGUGAACAAAUGAAUUGAACUAUUUUAAUUGAAAGCUUGUUGUGUAAUUAGUUGCUUAUUUGAACAAUGAUGACUCUGCCACGUUUAGCUGCAAAUUUUGUACGGCUGCAAUAUAAAUCUUUUAUUUACUAGAACAAAUUGUGUUUAUUGUGCAAUUUAAAGAUCUUUACGCCUUAUACUAGUGUCUGCCCUGUUUUUUGUUUUUUAUUCAAUGCAACUUCGAGGCUGGAGAAAUGAAUCUUUUGGACGACAGCCAUACGGCGGCCAAUCAGGAAUGACUGAAUACUGUAAACGCAUUCACGAUAUUUCCAGAUCAUACAAUGUGCAAUGUUGUGGAUUCAUCGGUUUACGCAGCUGUUUUUGAAGACAUCCGUCAUACCAUUAAUAGUAAAUGGCACAUAUUCGGUGCUGUAGGUUCUGCUGUUGUGAUUUAUUUAAUCUGGUCUUUUAUUUAGUUAAGUAUUAUAUAUGCUCUGUUUCUACAGGGUUGUUAUUAUUGUCUACAUGGCACUUACGCUAGUCACUUUUCUGUUGUUAUGCCAAAGUUCUCCAUUGUUUCUUUCCCCUAUACACACACAACUUCAAGUUAUACAUGAUAUAGCAAGUUGUUUACAUGAGUUUCUCAUAGCUUUACGUUUGGAAAUAAUUGUUUAUUUCUUUUCCUAGGUGUCCAUGUAAUUUACAUUUCACAGGUUUUACAUUUUGGUUUUUCUGCACAUUUUCGAAACACACACCCUUCCAUUAGACAAUACUAAGCAAGUCUUUGACAUUGAACUGAUUUGAUUGUCAUAGCAAGACAAAAUGUGAAGCCUUUAAAUUAUGAUAUUGAUCUUAUUAUUUAGUUUUAAUGCAAAUGGUCUGUUUUAGUUGUAUGGCCUUGGAUAGUAAUUUGUGACCAAGCUCGACAGUCUCUAUAGUUCGAUUUCACUGGAACGAGAUUUGUAUGCGGUCUGUAACUAUCGGCCUGUUGUUCUCAGUAUGUCAAUGUCCAUUGGAGACAGUGAUCCUCAAUGCAUAAUCAGUUUAUUUCUGAUCUUUAAGAUGUUGGAGUGUAAUGAAAUGUUUGAAUGGUGGACCGUGAGUCUUUCCCAUUAGGAAAGAACAUUAUUGAAUCAUCUGUAUAGACCCAUAUCAUUUCCCCUAAUUUAUUUGUCAUUGUAAAGUUGUACAGAUGCCUUUACAGCACGGGAACUUGGACUGGAUACAUUUUUUAAAGCGAUUCAUUGAAUGUCUGAUUUUAGUUCUGAUCUCAUUGUAUUUUAAUGUAUUGUCAUUUUAAACUUUUAUUUUGGUUAUUUUAUACUUUUUGCAUGUGUAUAUUUCUUUGUACAGAAACCAUACGUGCUUACGCGAUAUGUGCUGUAAAUAUUUUCUGUUUUGUCAUCAUUAUUUUGGAAUUAAACAUCUGGAACAUUCUCGAAGA